AUGGCCACCGACAAGCACAGAGGCCGAGGCUGUCCCUCCUCCGAGACGCCCACGGCUCUGUGGGCGACCCGCCCAGCCCCGCCUCUGCACAGCCACACGCUUGGAUGUGCUCGCAGGAACGCCCGCUUCCAGGAGCAGCUGGAGAUCCAGUACCCGGGGACCCUUGUCCUCGUCCCCAACCACCAAAGGGUGCGGGGCCAGCGCCCCGACAGUGCCCUGUCCUGGGGAGGCCGGGACCACAUGGACGGGCAGAUCCUGGGCCAGCUGCGCCCCCUGGCAGAGGAGGAGGAGGAAUACGGGGCCGGGGACGCCCCAUCCGCGAGGCCCGCCUUCCCGGGGAUGGGCUCCGAGGAGCUGCGGCUGGCCUCCUUCUGUGACUGGCCACUGAGCGCCGUGGUGCCGCCGGAGCUGCUGGCCGCCGCCGGCUUCUUCCACACCGGCCAGCAGGACAAGGUGAGGUGUUUCUUCUGCUACGGGGGUCUGCAGAGCUGGGAGCCAGGCGACGACCCCUGGACCGAGCAUGCCAGGUGGUUCCCCAGGUGUGAGUUCCUGCUCCGGACAAAAGGAAGGGACUUUGUCUGCAGGGUCCAGGAGUCUUGUUGCCGCGUGCCGGGCUCCUGGGUAUUCUCUGGCUCCUUCCAGGACCGUUCAGAGGAACCAGAAGACGCAGGUCCCACCACCCCCUCAGAUGCUGGGGGCGACCAGCAGCGGCCCGCCUGGAGCCAGUGCCCAGCAGUGCAGGCCGUGCUCCGGAUGGGCUUCGGGCGGGGCCAGGUGCAAGGGCUGCUGCAGCCUCCUGUCCACCCAGGGCCCGAGCUGCCCACGUCCGGCAGAGAGGCCCAGGUGUCAGGCGCCAGGGAGGCAGGUCCCCGCUGUGGAGACCCAGGUGGAGCCCAGGCCGAGGGGGUGCCGGUGGCUCUCGAGGCCCCAGGAGCCCGGGACGCCGGCGUGGAGAAGCAGCUGCAGCGCCUGCGGGAGGAGCGGACGUGCAGGGUGUGCUUGGACCGCGCUGUGGCCGUCGUCUUCGUGCCCUGUGGCCACCUGGCCUGUGCCGAGUGCGCGCCCAGCCUGCAGCUGUGCCCCAUCUGCAGGGCCCCCAUCCGCAGCUGCGUGCGCACCUUCCUGUCCUAGGCCAGGAGCUGUGAGCACUGGCCCCACGUGGGCACCCAC